UCAUGAGAACGGUCGUCAUGUGAUCAGCUGAUUGUCUCAGUUUAAACUCAGCCAGACGUUUCAUCAGUUUCAGCCUGAACACACAGAAACACACGUGGACGUCAUGGAGCGUAAACUGGAUCUGUCCCGUCUGACAGACGAAGAGGCCAAACACGUCUGGGAGGUGAUUCAACGAGACUUUAACCUCCGAAAGAAAGAAGAGGAAAGACUCGGUGAUCUGAAGACUAAAAUCGAGAAGGAGGAUACAAAGCGAGAGCUGCUGGGUACUCAGAGUAAACUGUCUGACUCGCACUGCAUCCGCUGCCUGCAGCCCUUUAAGUUCCUGGUCAACAGUAAACGUCAGUGUCUGGACUGCCGCAUGUACACCUGCAAGGCCUGCAGCCGCUACAACAAGAAGGAGCACGGCUGGGUGUGUGACAACUGCCGCAUGACCAGGGUGUUGAAGAUCGGCACUGUGGGUUGGUACCAUGACAACGUUAGAAACCGCUUCAAACGCUUCGGCAGCGCCAAGGUGAUGAGGUCACUGUACAAGAGGCUGAACGGAGACGGUGGUCGUGAUGAUGACACUCAGAGUAUGCCGGAUGUCCGCAGCCAUGUGCAUAAUGGUAACGAGGAUGACCAUGGAGAGGCCGAUGCUCAGCGCUACAAAGUGAUGAGGAAAAGUAAACGUCUGCUGUCAGUUCAUCCUAUGGACUUUGACGCUGAGGAAUAUUUCCCUCAUUCGAGACGACCGUCGGUACAGCAGAUGCAGGAGGAUCGAAGCUACAGGAAUGAGGACUGCGACAUGUCCAACCACCGAGUAAACCGCAGAAGGAGUCUGGACCGAUAUGCCAUGAGAUCUGAUGACUAUGGAGACAGCAGGAUGGUCCGGACUCGCUCUCUGUCAAAGAUCAGCUCUUCGGUGGCUCGACAGCAGUACGUUGACACCUCAGACGAGGACGAUUACCCGAGGUACCCUCCAAUGUACCAACAACCCCCCCACCGCCGCAAGAACAGCAGAACCUCCUCCCAGGAGAACCUGGGACAAGCCCCUCCAAUGAACGAGCUGAACAAACGCAUGUCUGCCAUUGAGAGUCUGCUGAGCCGCCUGGAGGAGAAGAUGACACCUGCUGACGAGACAUCGACUCUGAACGAGGAGGAGAAGCUGAGGAGGAAGCUGAGUGAGCUGGCGGGGAACCUGAGUGAUAAGGGCCUGUCGUCAGACGAUGAGGCCGGGAAGAAGUCCUUCUCUGUGGGUAAAAGUCCGGCUGUCUUCAGGGGUGGCCCGGUGGUCCCUCUAGACUCUGUGAAGGACAAAGAACUGAGCUCAUCCAGCGACGAAAUGCCCACUGAGGCCCAGAAG